UUGUGUGCGUGUGCGCACGUGUUUGAGACUUACGAGCAUAGAAAAGUUCUGCUUCAGUGUUUAUGUAUUUUCGUAAAGUGCAAUGUACAUUUAUUGUGUAUGGUGUGAAUGGUGUUGUUCUGUAACUAAGGUACAAAAUAUAUAUGAAAUGUACUACGAGCCGCUCCAGCUUAAAGUGCAAGAACAGUGACCGUUUCUGACAUCAGUGCGUGUGUGUUGUGACGUCAUCGGACAUGUGUGCGUGCGUGCGUCUGUUGAUGUUGGCCGCGCUACCGACGCUUGCCGGUAUUUCGCGAUGGUGUGCCGACGGAGAGGUUGUGUCGGUGACUGAAGGCACAGGCCCGGCCUUUGCCCCUCGACAGAGAGAUUCACUCAUCGCUGCUGUUGGACAAACAGCCGCCUUGGAGUGCCGAGUGCUUCGUUUAGGUGAUAAAUCUGUAUCUUGGGUAAGAUCCAGUGACCUUCAAAUCCUGUCUCAUGCAGGGUCAGUUUUCACAGCAGACGCGCGUGUUUCUGCGACGUCGUCCCGGGGAGGCAGUGGCUCUAGCCGGCAUACCUUGAGAAUCGAGAGGCUUCGGACCACUGAUGCUGGACGCUAUGAGUGCCAGGUCAACAUGGAACCUAAAAUGAGCAAGUUCUUCAACCUUACUGUGUUAGAUGAGCCAAUACCAGUUCCAGUGCUGAAGACCCUGAGAGAGGUGAUGCAUGGGACGAUCGGUAGCGCUGUGACCUUGACAUGCGAGGCGCGAUACGACCCCCCGCCCGGGGCGCUACCCUUACCACCCCUUGAAAUACGCUGGCAAAAAGGCGACCAACUUAUCAACUUACAGACUGGUCGUGGUGGUGUUUCCUUGGACACGGAGCGGUGGACUGGCGGCGCUAUCUCUCGCCUGACGUUGGGAGCGCUGCGCCGGCGGGACUCUGGCCGAUAUUCAUGCACCGUGCUGGGACAUUCCGCUACUAUAUCGCUCACUGUCGAUGACCAGCCGAGUCCAAUAGAUGCGAUGCAACGAGACGAGACAGCAGUAGCGCAAGUCGGGAGCGGCUUAACGAUUCAUCAAGAAUACUAUACAACACUUGCGAUACUGUUCACUCACAUACUUAUGAGAUGAUUCGAAAUUAACUCAUUUCUCUCUCUGUGUAUAUUUUGAAAUGUAAAUAUUGUACAUAGCUAUUUAUAGAGAUGCUAUUAAAUAAAUUCGA